UAUUAAUAAUAAUUUGUGUAAUAACUAGAUACAGAAUGAAGAACAAAUUAAAACCGUUUAACUUUUUCAAAAAGAAUAAUGCAAAUAAUAUUAACAUACUUUCAUUUAAAAAAAAUUUUAGUUUUAAUGUUUCAAAUAGUGGACAAAUUUUCCAACAACAGAAUGAGCCAAAAAUACAAGAACCUGCUGAUUUUGAAACAGCUAUUGAAGCUACUGGUUUUGGAUUAUAUAAUUGCUUACUAAUGUUAUGUGCGAUUCCCUGUGCGAUGGCUAUCGGCUUUGACAGUACAUCUUUAGCAUUCGUUUUACCUGUAGCCCAAUGUGAUUUAGAAUUGACGCUUUUUAAAAAGGGAACAUUUAAUGCAAUUACUUAUCUCGGAAUGGUAACGACACCAUUUUUUUGGGGAUUUUUUGCUGAUACAUUUGGUCGGAGGAAACUUUUAAUUUUUGGAUUUAUAUUUGCCGGAAUUUUUGAUAUUGGUGCAGCUAUAGCUACAAACUAUUGGGUGUUAUUAAUUUUUAAAUUUCUGGAUGGUGCUACAAUUUGUGGACCUUUCGCUGUGCUUACAACAUAUCUAGCCGAAAUGCAUGGAUUUCAGCAUCGCUCAAAAAUUGUUUUAUUUAAUGGUUUAUGUAGCAGCUGCAUAAAUCUUAUUUUACCAGCUUUUGCUUGGGCAAUAUUACCUAGAAAUUUAGUAUUUCAAUUAUUUAAUGGAUUUUUAAAUUAUCAUUCAUGGAACGUAUUUUUAUUUGGGGCUGCAAUGCCAGCUCUUGUCGCUGCAUCAAUGGUCUCAUUGUUUCCAGAAAGUCCAAAAUUUUUGAUGUCUUUGGGUAAGAACAAUGAGGCUUUACAAAUAUUCCGAACUAUUUAUGCAUUAAAUACCGGGAAUUCAAAGGAAUCUUAUCCAAUUAGAGUUCUUUAUGAUGAGACAUUGGAACAAAAUCAACAACCAAUUACGAUGACUAAACGUGAUAGUUCAUUUUCAUUGAAAUCAAUUCGUAGCACAUUUGGUGAAAAAAUAUCGACGGGCUGGCAACAAAUUCGUCCACUUUUUCACAAACCUUAUCUUUCAAAGAUAAUUUUAAUGUUUUCAACGCAGCAUGUAGCCAUGAUUGGGCUAAGUACAUUACGGUUAUGGAUGCCUCAAUUAUUUUCAUUGAUUUCUUUGUAUCAAGAUAAGCAUCCGAAUGAGUCAGCAUCAUUAUGCACAAUGAUUUCUAGCGGUGGUUCAUCACAUUCAAAUAGUACAAGUUUAUCUGAAAAUUUUGUUUUGGAAGACUGUAUACCUGGUUCAGUAAAGGAUUCGGUGUUCAUAAAUUAUAUGAUACUUGGCGCAACCCAAGCAGUUUUCUACCUUGUGGCUGGAGCUAUUAUUGGUUAUGUUGGAAAGAAAAAUAUCACAAUGGUUUUGUUAUGGGUAUCUGGUCUGCUAGGAUUUUCUAUGUAUUUAGCACAAUCAUCUCAGCAAACUUUAAUAUUCUCAGCACUAUAUUUAGCAUUCUCCAGCAUUGCAAUUACAUGUUUGAUCUCUAUUUCAACUGAAGUUGUUCCAACGAGUUUACGGACAAUGACAGUAUCCUUAUUGAUGAUGUGCGGGCGGUUCGGAGCAUUGUUUGGAAAUUUGUUAUUUCCAAUUUUUAUGGAAAUUGACUGCGUCUUACCAUUUUUGUUAGUAGGAGGCACAACUUUUGUUUGUGGAUUUGCUGUUUAUUUUCUACCAAAAACAGAUGACAAACCGUUACAAUAAUUUUUAAUAGAGUGGUUAGUACUGGACACAAAUAUUGAAGGAGGUUAUAUUAGGGCUCUUUUGCAACAUAUUUGACCAAUAAACCGGGGUUCGCAAAUGUACGUUGUUCGAGCUGGCGAAAUUUGUAGAAAUAUUCCAAAGACAAUACUUGUAGAAAUAUUCCCAGGUUGUAAUUUCUUCGAUUAUUGAAAGCUAAAACGACAAUCGAUCGAUGAUAAUCCAAGUUCAGACAUCCACACAUGGGCAUAGGGGUAAACCGAAGUUACUUUUCUGAAAUCGCUUAAUUUUUCUGGAAUAGGGCACACCAUAUACUUUUUGGAGGUGCUGACUCAUUAGGUAUUAGACAAAAGUAAAUUAUUUGCCCAACACUUCAGAAUAGUUGUACGGCUCAUUAUUUUUAUUAAAAAAAGUGUGAAGAAGUAAAAAAAUGUGCCAUCUCUAAUACCGAACAAUUUCUACUUCCAGUUUACUGAUUUAACAUGUAUAAGACAAAUAAGCUCGAAUAAAGGGUCUAUAAAUAAGAGCUCUACAUUUUUUAAUUGGAAUAAAAACAAAGCGGUGUAAGGUAUUACUUUUCCAUAUCACAAACACUCACGGAAUUACUAGUUUUUGUGGAUGUUAACGAGAUUUAUGAUUUAUAGUAAAGAGGUAGAUAGGAAAUUUCUAUAUUCAAGCAGAACCAUGAUUUCAUGAAAUAAUCGAUUAAGCUUAUUUUUUUAAAUGGCUUCGUAACGUUAGCCAUUUUGUACAUAUGUUUAUGGUAUGGAAGUAAAUAGAUUUUAUUUCUUCCGAUGAAAAUGCUCAUGUUUUUAUCUCAAGGAGAU